AGCUAUAUGUAUUAUAUUAUUAUCCUUACCACCACUCUUCAAGUAAUUGGAAGAAAAAUGCAUAGAUGUAUAGACGACGCCAAUGCCUACAACUUUUGUUUAAAUCAUUUUCCGCUAUGCUCAAUAUAAUUAAAAAAAAAUAGUUAUGCGCCGUUAUAACCAUUUACCAAUUUUCUCGGUAUUGCAAAAUCGUUUUGUCAAAACGUGGGCCUAAGUUAUCGUGUUCUAAGUUGCCCAACGAAAUCAUUGCCCAACCAUUUAAUUACGUCUUUCGUUUAAAUCGAGCUAAUUCAUUAUUGUUUAAACACUUUUUUACGCAAUUUAAAUAUUGGACACGUUUCGAUGGUGUCUGAAUCGAAGUAGUAAACUUAAUAAACUACACGUGCGCGCACUGCCGUGUGUUUACGUCUGUCUACAGUGUUUAUACAUGUGUCUAUAAUUUUAAUUAACAAUGAUUGCAUUAGACGAUACAGCAACUAAACGAUUAUCAAAAAGAGCACAAGUGAAAUCACAACACAAUAAUGACAAAGAUCCAUCGAUUUUGAACGAAUUAGAAAAUAAAAACAAGAAAAGAACGAAGCUUAGAAGGAUGCACUUGGAAAAUGAAUCUGAGGACGAUGGUGAUCACAAAAGUGCAACUGGAGGCAAUCCUGGAUGGGCAGAUGUUAUGCAAAGGAUUCUACAUACUAAGAAACCGAAACGUAAAAAGAGUAUAGUCUUGUCGAAAGCGAAGAAAUUGGUUGAUGUAAAGAAAAAGGUAGAGGAAGAAAGUUUACCAUUUGAAAUCGAGAAGGCGGAGGAAGAAGUGAAAACAGAAGACGAGCAAGAGGAAACAAAAGACGACGUUGAAAAAUUGCCGGCACAGUUGAAACAGAGGCGAAACGAGAAGAGUUUAGGCAUUAGGGUGAAACCAAGUAUAACGGAUAGAGAACGCGAAAGAACGUUACAGAAAAUUGCUACGAGAGGUGUGGUGCAGUUAUUUAAUGCAGUUAAAGAACAGCAAGGAGAAAUCAAUAAGAAACUUAAAGAAGCUGGUCCGUUAGAAAGGAAACGUGAACAAGUGUUGAAGAGUAUUGAUAAGUCUUCGUUCUUGGAUGUUCUUAUGGGAGGAAGCAAAAGCAUUUCUGUAGAUAACGCUGUGAAAGACGAACAAGAAAAUAGAAACUCUGAAAACAAGAAGGACAAGGGAAUUUGGAAUGUGUUGAGGGAAGAUUUUGUUAUGGGAACAAAACUGAAGGAUUGGGAUCGUAAGGAUCAAGAUGAGGAUGAUUCUUCAGCACCCGAGGAGAUGGACAGCGACGACUGAAUUACAAAAGAUAUGAAAUGUAUGGUAAAUGAUCAUUUCUUUUUAAGAAUCAGUUUCUUAUUAAAUACUUUAUUUUAUUAAUAACUUAUAUUUAACAUCUUUCAUCUACGCAACAACAGUAAUAAUGUGUACAAUGUAUAAUUUUCCUCAUAUGUUUAUAAUGCAUACAUAAUUCUAGCUAAAAUUAAUCUUCAUUACAUCUUAGUUCACAUAUGUAGAUAUGGCUUGAUCGUGCGACGUCGUACGACACCAUACGCUUGUUUAACCGAGCCAUAAUUAAUAAGUUUAAACUCGAUUCGUAGGACAUUAUCUGUACAUAAGAACCGACGUGUCCAACAAUUCCUCUAUAUACACCUUAUUCGUUACAAAUAUAAAUUAUAAGCCUCUUGUGUCUAAACUUGCGUUGUCAGAAAUAUGUUACGUUACUAUAUGAAAAUAAUCUAGAAAGCAAAUUGUACAUUAAGUAGUGUGUAGGAUAAAUCACCAAUGACAUGUAAAAAAUAUUAACGUCGGCUAUCUUCUUAACAUUUACUGAACCUAGUGUGUUAGAUAAACCCUUGGACGGACUGAACCAACUUUACCUCA